GAUCGGUUCGCUUUUUCUGGAGGUGGUGCGCGCGUAUUUUUGUUUCACCAAGUUGGUCCAAUUGACGCAGCUUGGCGCACGUACGUGACUGUUGGGAAUUUAAUUUCGGAAUUGGUGCUCGAUGUGCACCCCUGGUUGUGCCAGUAGAUCACCUCCGAUCGGUCAAUAAUUACUCUGUGCGCUCCCGUGUGGCAGUAUGUCGGAGAGAGUGCCGGCGGAAAUUUGGAAGUCACAGAAACGAAGCCAUCAGUAGCAUAAGUCGCAAAAAUAAGGAGCCCCAUUUCUAUCGUUAGCGAAAUGCGAAUGAAAAAUUGGUGAAAGUGUCGGUGCAGUGUGUGGUGUGUGUGUGUUUCGUAUUUCGAGCGAUCGGAGGGCUGUCAGUGUGAAGUGUUGUGAUUAAUGCUGAUGGUGGUGCGGCACAAAUAACGCGGCGCUUCCGCACAAAGUUAAUAUCUCACGCAAGAGCUCUGGUGAUGGAUGACGCGAACGAUUACUUAUAGUUCAGUUUUGAAAUAAAAUAAACAGCUCAAUAAUCGAGUAGAACUGCGAGUUGCAAGAACAAACGAAUUGCUUGCAAGAGUGUCCGGACAGACCGGACUUCUACGCGUGAGACACAAUGGUGGUCUCCUUUGGAACACUCAUUCCGCUGUUGGCGGGAGCGGCACUGAAAGCCACACCUGCCGCGGCUGGGUUAACAACUGCCGUUGGGGCGGCCAUUAGUGCCGCGACGGCCGUUAUCGGCGUCGGCAAGCUGGCGAUUGUGCCGAUCCUGAUCGCUUCGCUCGCCUAUUACAACUACGAUCUGUUUGAUCCGGAGAAUCGCCCGUUCAAUGUGCCGGAGGUGGACCGUGAAUACGACUUCAUCGUGGUGGGCGCGGGUUCGGCUGGUGCUGUUGUUGCCUCGCGCCUUUCGGAGAUAGGCGGCUGGAAGGUGCUGCUGCUUGAGGCGGGUGGCCACGAGACCGAGAUCUCGGACGUUCCCAUCCUGUCACUUUAUCUGCACAAAAGCAAGCUGGAUUGGAAGUACAGAACCCAGCCACAGAAGACGGCAUGUCAAGCGAUGAAGGAUAACCGAUGCUGCUGGACACGAGGCAAGGUCCUCGGGGGCUCUUCGGUGCUUAACACGAUGCUGUACAUACGCGGUAACAAGCGCGAUUUCGACCUGUGGCAGGCGUUGGGAAAUCCCGGUUGGGGCUAUGAGGACGUCCUGCCGUACUUCCGCAAGUCGGAAGACCAACGGAAUCCCUACCUGGCACGCAACAAACGACAGCAUGGUACUGGAGGGCUGUUGCAAGUACAAGAUGCUCCAUAUUUGACUCCACUCGGUGUAUCCUUCCUGCAGGCUGGCGAAGAGAUGGGCUACGACAUAGUGGAUGUAAACGGUGAACAGCAGACUGGUUUCGCGUUUUUCCAGUUCACGAUGCGCCGUGGUACGCGUUGCAGCACUUCCAAGGCUUUCUUGCGCCCGGUACGCAACCGUAAAAAUCUACACGUCGCCCUGUUUGCCCACGUCACGCGCGUUAUACUAGAUCCGGAAACACGACGCGCACUAGGCGUAGAAUUUAUUCGAAACGGCAAAACGCACAAGGUGUUUGCCACUCGUGAGGUGAUUCUUUCAGCAGGAGCGAUCGGUACACCCCAUCUGAUGAUGUUGUCGGGAAUUGGACCGAGGGAGAACCUAGAGCGCGUAGGUAUCCCUGUCUUUCACGAUCUACCUGGUGUGGGACAGAAUCUGCAGGAUCAUAUCGCCGUUGGUGGUUUGGUAUUCCGUAUCGAUCAACCGAUUUCGGUAAUUAUGAACCGUUUGGUGAAUCUCAAUUCGGCACUUCGCUACGCUGUCACCGAAGAUGGGCCACUGACCAGCAGUAUCGGGCUUGAGGCAGUCGGUUUUAUCAGUACUAAGUAUGCGAACCAGACGGACGACUGGCCAGAUAUAGAGUUUAUGUUGACGAGUGCAUCGACACCAUCGGACGGAGGCGAUCAGGUGAAAAAAGCGCAUGGAUUGAAGGAUGAAUUUUACGAGGAUAUGUUCAGCUCGAUCAACAAUCAGGAUGUAUUUGGCGUGUUUCCGAUGAUGUUGCGUCCCAAAAGCCGGGGCUUCAUUCGGUUGCAGUCUCGGAACCCGUUGCGUUAUCCUUUACUUUACCACAACUAUCUCACCCAUCCGGAUGAUGUUGGCGUGUUGCGCGAGGGCGUAAAGGCUGCAAUAGCAUUCGGCGAAACACAGGCCAUGAAACGGUUUGGCGCUCGCUUCCACAGUAAACAGGUGCCGAACUGCCGCCACCUACCGGAGUUUACCGAUGAGUAUUGGGACUGCGCCAUUCGACAGUACACGAUGACUAUAUAUCACAUGUCCGGCACGGCAAAGAUGGGUCCCCCAGAUGAUCCUUGGGCAGUUGUCGAUCCGAAGCUACGCGUCUACGGUAUUAAGGGGCUGCGAGUUAUAGAUGCUAGCAUAAUGCCGCGCAUCACAAGCGGUAACAUCAACGCACCGGUCAUCAUGAUUGGAGAAAAGGGUGCCGAUAUGAUCAAAGAGCUGUGGUUGAAGAAGGGUCACUCGCGACGAGGGAAGCGUCAACAAUUUGCGAACGAAACGCUUAGUGCCGCCAACCAAACGGAAGCAAUAGAAGCGGUGGGCGAUAGUAGUGCGGCACCUUGUGCAAACGAAACCUUUGUUAGCUAAGUUAGGGACGGUUGCGCUACCACCGCAUCUGGGCGAUAGGCCUGCAUUCCAAUGCCAAAUUUAACACUCAAUCAAAAAUGCGAACUCGUCUCGAGGAUGCAAAGACUAGGACGAACGAUGGCGCUACUAUACGCUGUACAUACCAUUGCUUCCUGUUACCGUAAGAUUAUGCUAAGCGAGGUGAUUGUAGUUAGGCAAGGCAGUUUGAUGAUAUACUAAGUCGCACAGUUCGGAUCAGCAAAAACUGUGCAAAUAACACACCAAUUAAAAACUGACUGACUGAAUGUAUGUAAGUAGGAAUAUAAAUUUGAAACAAAUUUUAGUCUGUUUAUGAUUUUACACACGUCAAAUCGUUACUGGGGUAUAUGA